AUACAAUAUAUAUUAGUGGCGUGUGCAUGGGUUUCAUCAGAAAGAAAGAAGUAUGAAAUGUGAUUUGUUGAUAUAAUUGGUAGAGCCUUCAAGCGCAAACCAAGGGUGUGAUUGAUAAUCUGAUCACGUACAACACCUUUACCUUACGAAAACUGACAGAUGCCGAAUCACGAAAGUCAAGUAGACAGGAAUUGCGUGUGGUGUAUGAAAGCGCCAUGGCUCUCGUGGGUAAAUAUUUCCAAAGUGAUCUGAUGAAUAAGUGAAAACAUAUUGGAUACAUAAACUCAUGGACAGUGCUUCUUUGGUACUCAGAAAAAGAAGCACGGCGGUUAAUUCUAGCUAUUGAAAUGGCUCAAAUGUCAAUGGCAGAUUUGGAGCAAGACCUUCAUACGGUCCAUGAGAUUUCAGCGCAGGAAAAGAGCUAUCAACGCACAGACAAACCGCAUUUCCUCGCAGAUAUUAUCAACCUGGUCAGAGGAAAGGGGUUGCGUCGUCCGCUCGUAGAGGAAAACUUGCAAUUACUGACGAAUUUCGAUGCCGAGCGGAUAAAGGCAGCUCAUCAACUUAUGCGCAUGCUGAAUACUAUGGAGGCGUUUCAAAUGGAUCUUGAAGAAUUGCGCUCCCAAGUUGUUACACCUGUUGUUGCACCUGACGUAAUCCCACUCGAAGUGCAUAUUGAAAACAUUGGCAAGGCCAUUGAACGAUUGAAGCACGGAAAAGUGAUUGCUUGGAAGGAACACGAAAAGGUGGAAGCUAGUAGCGGAAGUAGUGGUAGCGGUAACAGUGAAAAUAGCGUAUGAAGUACUUGUAUCAUAGCACUCCUAUUGUUUUUGUACUAUUUUUUCGCAUUCUUUUGACAUAUAGCAUAUACAUAAUUUAUCG